UUAGAAGCAUUUUUAAAAGACAAUGAAUGUAUCCUCCUUUCCCUCCUCCCCUCCUUCCCAACAAAUAAAUAAUUUAAAUAAUCGACGUAAUUCCUUUCUUUAUCUCGGCAUUUGUUUAACAUUAUUAGGCUGUUUAAUUUCGAUAAUAUCGAUAGCUCUACCCGGUUGGCAAAUUUUGGAUUUGCCUGAAUUAAAUGCUGUACAUGAACAUGCUAUUUUAUUUGAUUGUAUUAUAUCUGAGGUAACUCCAUUAAACGAUUUACCACGUAUUCAUCGAGAUGACCGGAAAUCUUUGCCUCCAUUAAAACCUGCCAGGCAAUGCACCUAUAAAUUUGAAGGUCUACCUAGUUGGCAAACUUCUUUGUUUGUUAGAAUGGCUUUUGAAGAGGGAGAUUUUGGGGCUAGAGAACAUUUAAAUAAUCACAGAUUUUUACCCCAACAUAAAGCAGUCUUAUUUUUUUGUGUUUUUACAUCAGUAUUUUCUUUUCUUUCAAUUUUUGUUGGUGCUUGUUCUUCUUGUUUUCUUCCUAAUGCUAUUUUACAUACAAUAUCUGUUGGAUUAGCAACUAGUUGUUCAAUCCUUGCAGACAUUUCUUUUUGGAUGGCAGCUGAAAAUGAUAUUGGUAUUCGGGGAUCUACUACUGUUGUUUAUCAACAACACCUUUCCUAUGCAUUCUUCAUUCACUGUCUUGGUUCAUUAACAUUAUUACUUUCAUCUUUAUUUAGUGUUUUAUCUGCUUAUUUACUUUUGUUAAGAGAAUGUCGAAAAAAGCAAUUAUUAUUAGACAAAAAUCAAAUAAGGGAUAAAAUUAAUGAAGAAUAUUUUGAUCAAAAAAAAUUAAUACAAGAAGACAGUAAAUGUUUACUUCUUUCUGAUUUAUUUAGCAUAGAAAGAGCAGCAUUGACAGCUUCAUUAGAAGUUUUACCUCCGCCGCCACCAGGCACUCCACAAAAUUUAAUUUUAAAAAAUUCAUUAAUUUAUUCCUCUCCAAAUAAUAGAAUUGGUGAAUUUUUUGGUGGAAACCAAACUUUAAAUAUUGAUAAUAUUAAAUGUUCUGAUGUUUAA